CCCCCAGCCCCACCACUUUCCCCCCGGUGCCUCCCAGCUGGUGCUGCUGCCACGUGUGUCAGAGCUGCCGGGCUUCCAUGGGGCGGCAGCCGACGCAGUGCAGCGGCGCGAGGAGCUGGAGCGGUACCGGUGCCUGGAGGCUUUCCGCAUGGCCCCCCCGCACACCCUGGCCGAAGCCUGCGCCCGCCUGGUGUGCAGCGUCUCGGCCCUGCUGCACGACGGCGCCCUGCCCUGCCAGUGCGACCCGCAGGGCUCCCGCAGCAGCGUGUGCCGGGCGCUGGCGGGGCAGUGCGAGUGCAAGCCCCACGUCCUCGGCCGCCGCUGUGACCGCUGCGCCCCCGGCAGCUACGGCUUCGGGCCCCUGGGAUGCAGCCCCUGCGCCUGCUCCCCGGAGGGCUCCGUGUCCCAGCUGUGCGACGCGGGCAGCGGGCAGUGCCGCUGCCAGCCCGGGGCCGUGGGCCGGCAGUGCGACCAGUGCCAGCCGGGCCACUGGGGCUUCCCCGCCUGCCGGCCCUGCCAGUGCAACGGGCACGCCGAGGACUGCGACCCCCGGACGGGCAGCUGCCUGCGCUGCCGAGACCACACCACCGGCCGGCACUGCGAGAGGUGCCAGGAUGGUUACUACGGGGACCCGGUGCUGGGUUCGGGGCAGCAGUGCCGCCCCUGCCCCUGCCCCGGCUACCCCGGCACGCGGCACUACCACGGGAGUGCCUGCCACGCCGACGAGGAGACGCACCACAUCGUGUGCCUCUGCGCGCCCGGAUACGCCGGGCCACGCUGCGACCGCUGCUCCCCUGGCUACUUUGGGGCGCCGGAGACAGAGGGGGGAGCGUGCCGGCCCUGCCAGUGCAACAACAACAUCGACACCAGCGACCCGGGGGCCUGCGACCCCCGCACGGGGCAGUGCCGCCGCUGCCUGUACCACACCGCCGGGCCCCGCUGCGCCCAGUGCCAGCACGGCUACUUCGGCAACGCUCUGCAGCGCAGCUGCCGGCGCUGCAGCUGCGACCCGCUGGGGACGCUGGCCUCCUACUGCGCCACCGGUGCCUGCGACUGUGACCGUGCCACAGGUGCCUGCACCUGCCGGCCCCACGUGGUGGGCAGGAGCUGCGACCGCUGCGCACCCCACUUCUGGAGCCUGGGGCGAGCAGGGGGCUGUGAGCCCUGCGGCUGCCACCCCACCCGCGCCCUUCACCCCGCCUGCGAUGUGGUCACGGGGCAGUGCCACUGCCGGCCCGGCUUUGGGGGCCGCGUCUGCUCCCAGUGCCAGGAGAAUCACUGGGGGGACCCCGAGCAGCAGUGCCGAGCCUGCGAGUGCGAGCCGCUGGGCGCCAAGAGCCCGCAGUGCGACCGAGCCAGCGGGCAGUGCCGGUGCCGGCCGGGCUUCGGGGGGCUGCGCUGCGACAGCUGCCAGCGGGGCUACCAGGCUGCCUUCCCCCGCUGCUCGCCCUGCCACCCCUGCUUCGGGCGCUGGGACGUGGCGCUGGGCAGCCUGCGGGACAGGCUGCGGCGCCUGGGGGCACGGGCGCGGGCUCUGCGUGAGGGGGGGUCUGCACCCCCGCUCAGCCCCCGCCUGCGGGCCCUGGAGGAGGCCCUGGGGCGCGCGGAGCGGCUGCUGGGCGAGGGGGGCAGCGCUGGCAGCCCCCUCCUGCAGGAGCUGGCCGGGCAGCUGGAUGGCACCAGGACGGAGCUGGACGACUUCUGGAAGCGGCUGCAGGAGCUGGAGCAACAUCUGGAUCAGCUGGAGCAGGCAGACCUGCGGCACCGCGACCGGCUGGCAGGGCUGAGCCGCGAGCUGGGGGGGCUCAACCGAACCACCUCCCACCUCCAGGGCGUCCUCGGCACCGUGGCGGCAGCUGGGUUUGGGGAGUCCUACCAGAGCAUCGUGGCGGCGGCGCGGGACUCGCGGCAGGCAGAGGCGGUGGCCAACGGCACGGCGGGGGAGCUGAGCGGGGCGCGGGCCACGCGGCGGGCGGCCGAGCGGGUGCUGCGGCAGCGGGGCGAUGCCUUCCGCCGCAGCACGGCCGCACAGCGGAAAUCCCUGCGGGAGGCACAGAAACGGGUGUCGGGACUCAGCGUGGCCAGGAUCAAUGAGAAGAUCUGUGGGGCGCCCGGGGACCGGAGCUGCGCAGAGUCACCCUGCGGGGGAGCCUUGUGUCGGGACAGCGCGGGGACGCGGCACUGCGGGGGCGCGGGGUGCUCGGGGGCUCUGCCCGUGUCAGCCCGAGCCCUGAGCAGCGCCCGCAACGCCUCGCAGCAGCUGGAGGAGGCACUGGGACAGCUGAGCGCUGUGGCACAGAAGAUGCAGGAGGUGCAGGACCUGGCGCAGGGUGCCCGCAGCCGAGCAGAGGAGGCACUGGGGAGGUCCCAAGCCGCCCGCAGCCGCGCCGAGAAGGCGACGGCGCAGCUGCGGGACUUCAUCCGGCGCAUCAAGGCCUUCCUGGCAGAGGAGGGAGCAGACCCAGGCAGCAUCGAGCUGGUGGCCCGGCACGUGCUGAACAUCUCCCUGCCCAGCAGCCCCGGCCGGAUCCAGGAGCUGCUGCAGGAGAUUCAGGAGAGCAUCGGGCAGCUGGACGGAGUGGACGCGGUGCUGAACAGCACGGCGCAGGGGCUGGCUGCAGCGAAAGAGCUGCUGGCACAGGGACAGGACGCCCGGGAGCGAGCGGAGGGCGUGAGGGACGAGCUGGCAGGGACGCAGCGCGUGCUGCAGAUGGCACAGGCGCAGGUGACGGUGGCAGGGAGCGCCCUGCAGAGCGCCAAGGACACCAUCCGGGCCGCCGAGAGCAGCGCCAGGGAGGCGGAGCGCAAGCUGCAGGCGCUGCAGGGGAAGGAGUCACGGCUGCAGCGGCGGCUGCGGGAGCUGGCACAGCGCGUCGCCGCCCUGCAGGAGCGGGGACAGGGCGCACGGCGCCUGGCCCAGGAAGCCAAGGAGGGGGCGCAGCGUGCCACCGCCGCCUCGGGGACGCUGAGCCAGGACCUGGAGCAGGUGACGCAGCGCUACGUGCUGCUGAAGGGCCGGGUGAGCGGGCUGGCCGGGGUGUCCGGCGGGGCCCUGCAGCGUGUGACACAGCUGACGGCGGAGGCCCGGGACCUCCUGGACAAGGCCAACAGCAGCAAGAAGAAGCUGGAAGAGCUGGAGCAGCACUUCGGGGCCAACGAGCAGGCGAUGACGGCCAAGGCGACGCAGCUGCAGGCGCUGGAGCGGCAGGUCUCGGGGCUGCUGCAGGAGAUCCAGGAGCGGGCCAACGCUUACGCCACCUGCUAGAGAGCUCCGCGGGGCCGGGCCGGGCCGGGCCGUGCCAAGCAACCCUCCCGGCCCCACGCGGGACACGGCCCCACGCCGCGUGGAAAGAGCCCGUGGGCGUCUGUAGCGCGGCUGCACCUGCAAAUAAAGCCCUGAGCCCCGGC